GAAUUAGUCUUAUUUCAGAAUUGAAAACAAUUGGAACGGUAAAUGAGCCUCAGCGCUAAUACAAGUCCACUUCGUUUCGUAUCGUAGCUCUGUUACCUGUUAGCCAGGUUAAACGAAACCAUUGAGGCAACAAUAGAAAUUCAAAUAAAAACAAUUUAACGGCCGACUGAAGCUACAAACAACGCUGUUCUCAUAGCAAUGCUCGGUGUUUUUUAAUCGUUGUUCUUGCUCUUGGCAAAAGCUAACAUUUGCUAGUGCGUGUGUGUUCCUAGUUUUUUUUAUUCAUUUGUAUUUUGUUUACCUAGGCGUCUGUCUCUCCAUGAUCGUGUGUUACGACUAAGAUACCAACAACACAAAACAAACAAUCAAAACAAAUGCAUUAUGGCUUGGAGAAAAUGCUCAUCCGCCAACUGUCAUUCGGUUUAAACGCUUUGUGAACGUCAAGCUAAGCGGGUUUAUGGUGAAAAGAGUGAACAAGUGAAACAAAGUUAAAUUUUUCAAUUAAAAACGAACAUAAAUAUUUUUGUAUUUUUGUUUUAAAAAAUAUAAUUAAUAAAACAAACAUAAAUACUGGAACCACAGUAACUUCCCUUGGAAUACUUCAGUUUGGCUGUCAAUCUUUUUGUGUAGUGUACUACCAUAUCAUUAUCCCCCAGUAUUGAGUUCAUCACAAUCUCAUCAAGAUGGUGCAACAACCCUCCUAUUGGAAAGUAUUGACUCGCCGAAAAGCCCUAUCACAAGAGAGUGGUGAUGGCGAAGGAAAACUUAAUCGUGUUUUGGGCUUGUACGAUCUGACAGCCUUGGGGGUUGGAUCCACAUUGGGUGCUGGUGUUUAUGUCUUGGCCGGACAGAUAGCCAAAGAUCAGGCGGGACCUUCAGUGAUUAUCUCAUUUGCCAUAGCAGCUUUGGCUUCGUUGUUAGCAGGUGUCUGCUAUGCUGAAUUUGGUGCGCGCGUACCCAAAGCUGGUUCAGCUUACAUCUACAGCUAUGUGUGUAUAGGAGAAUUUGCUGCCUUUGUCAUAGGUUGGAAUUUAAUACUGGAAUAUAUGAUUGGCACCGCCAGUGUGUGUCGAGGCAUAAGUUUGUAUUUGGACACACUAAUUAAUGAUACGCUAAAGACCACAUUUGCUGAGGUGGCUCCCAUGCAUAUCGCAUUCCUAGGCAGCUAUUUUGAUUUUUUUGCCUUCGGCCUGGUGGUGGUAUUUGGAGUUGCCUUGGCCUUUGGUGUGGAAACUUCUGCCAUGGCUAAUAACUUUUGCACUUGUCUCAAUUUAUCCAUUUUGCUUUUCGUCAUUGUUGCAGGUGCCAUAAAGUCAAGUUGGUCCAACUGGACCAUUGAUGUCUACAGCACCAAUACCACCAACAUACCUGAGGGCCUAAAUGUAGGCUCUGGUGGCUUUUUCCCCUUUGGUUUUUCGGGUACCCUGAAAGGUGCUGCCACCUGUUUCUUUGGUUUUGUGGGUUUCGAUUGCAUAGCGACCACUGGCGAAGAGGUGCGCAAUCCUCGUCAAAAUAUUCCUCGCUCCAUACUGCUGUCACUUUUGGUGAUAUUUCUAUGCUAUUUCGGAGUCUCAACUGUGCUCACUCUUAUGGUGCCCUAUUAUCUGCAAGAUGCCAAUGCUCCCCUGCCCAGUGCCUUCAAGGAAGUAGGCUGGAAUUUUGCCAUGUGGAUUGUCUCAAUCGGAGGUCUGGUGGGUUUAUUGGCCAGUUUGCUGGGAGCAUUGUUCCCCCUACCCAGAAUAAUGUAUUCAAUGGCCCAAGAUGGUUUGCUAUUUAGAUAUCUGGGUAAAAUACAUCCCAGAUAUAGAGUUCCGGUAAUUGGGUCCAUUUUUGCCGCAAUACUGACAGCUUUAAUUGCCGGUCUAUUUGACUUAGCCCAAUUGGUGGAUCUUCUCUCCAUUGGCACUCUCUUGGCUUAUAGUGUGGUUGCCAUAUCCAUAACCAUUCUACGGUAUAUGGACAACUCAGAAACUUUCAACACCCAUGAAGUGAUAGCUGAAAACGGCCAUGCCAAUGGAACUAAUCACCAUCACUCAAAUGGUAAUGGUAAUAGCAAUGGCCACACUGCCUCGGAAAGCACCCUAUUGACCUCCCCGGGAGAGCGAGUCACCUUCAAGACGGUGGUCUCACAAAUGUUCAACUUCAGACGAGUAGAAGUACCCAAUCAGCUGACCACACGCAUAGUGGGCACACUUAUAACGUUGUUCUGUCUUCUAUCCAUGGGCAUCGGUCUGAUAUUCAUGCAGGCCUAUGAUGCCCUGAUCAACAACCAACUUUGGGUUUUGGUGCUCUUAAUCGUCUUGGUUACCCUUACGCUACUGGUGUUGGUCUUUAUAUGCUUGCAGCCACGAGAGGCUUAUGCCCGCGUAUUCAGAGUUCCCUUUGUGCCCGUAGUGCCGGCGGUGAGCAUUUUCAUCAACAUCUAUCUCAUGCUGCAGCUAGACAUGAUGACGUGGAUCAGAUUCGGUGUAUGGAUGGUCAUUGGUGUUCCCAUGUUUAUUGCAUGUUGGUGCAUGAACGAUAUAAAAAAUCCAGCCAAUAGACAUCCUGAGCGUUUAGAGUUUGAGAGAAUGCUCAAAUCAUCGGGCGGUCCAAAACCUGAUCCUCCUGACAUCUCGGGCAACAUGAAGGGGCUGUCCAAUAUCUCAGUGGCCACCACGGUGGUCAUGCAGCAAAAUGAAUGUUCAGUCAAGAGCUUGGAUGAGAUAAUGGACUUGAAUGAGGUAAGGGAAGAGCUAUUAAUGGUCAAACAUCCCAAUGGCCAAAUAAAUUAUGUGGAGGAAACCAAAAGUGAUAAAUCGCAAAAUUCCAAUUACGGCUCCAAAGAAAGCAGCGAGACGGGUACGGGGGCUGAUACUACCGAAGAAGAGAAAUCGGUUAUAGCCAUGUUAGAUGAUGUGCUGCAAAUUGAAGACGAUCGGCUCAACGAAUUGGCCAGGGUCACCAACUUCUAUGAUCGCAAGAUCAGUGUGGACUCUGAAAUGGUACCCAGUGUCAUAAGAAGCACCACGGUGGUCACCGUGCACAGCAGUAGCAGCGACAGCUCUGACAACGAUUUGGCAGAGACCACGGAAAAUACCUCCUCUGCUAGGAGCGUGGAUUCGGGCAUAGGUAAUUAUCAAGAAAAGGCUAAACUGGCCUCAGAAUUGGUUGACGAUAUUCUCAAUAGUCCACAAUUGUGGAUGGCUUUGGAGAAACAUAGAGGAGAGCAAGAAAAUAAAAAGGCCCAAAUGACCCAAACAUCAUCUAUAACUCCCGAAAAACGGGUGGAAUCCCAAGAAUCUUUGUUAUCCCUAGCCUCGGUGGAAGAUCCUUUGCAUUCGGAAAACUUUCGCAAUAAACUUAGCCGGAUAAUAAUGCGGCCGCCUGAAGCCAAACCUCAUAAAGAGUCUUCUGUAAAUGAAGAUAGGUCUUCUAGUCAAGAAAGGCCCAUGCUAAAGCAUUCCAAAUCUGAAGCAGAUGUCAGAAAGUUGGUUUUGAAGGCCAUAGAAGGCUGUGACAUAGAUUUGGAUGAACAAAGUCCCAAGGCCAUACCAAAACCACCUAAAUUCGAUCCAGUUCUAUACAAAACCAUCAAUAGCCUGGGCAGGCCCAGAGAAAGGCCUGGACUGGACAAGUUACUCAAGGAGGAUCAAGAAAGCAAACCCAAGUUGCUGCAAGAGGUGAGUGAGACACCUGACAAUCAGGCAGAAGAGAUACCGUUUAAGCAAAAACUAGAGGCCAUACUGAAAAGGGGACCCUCUCAUCGAACUCAAAUAAAGCCUACGGUUGAAUUAAGGCGACCCAGAUCCCUGGAGCCUCUACAACAAUCGGAGGACUUGCCAUAUCUAGCAAAUAAUCCAACCCAGUCAUUACAGAGCAAUCUCAAUAACGCCCCUCUCAACAACGUGAUCAACGAAACUCGUAGAACCUUAAAAUCUGUGAAAAAGAAAGCUAACGACUUAUAAUCCUAGUCAAGUAAUCAAGUUGUACUAUAUCUCCAUGUAAUCUAAACACAAAUUUAUUCCCCCUUACCUAAUCCAAAACUGCAUGCCGGCAUCGGGUGUGGCGAAAGCAAAUGCAUGAGCGCACCCCAAACAAAUAAUACACUAGUCCUGGAAUGCUUACUUACUAAACUCGUUGUUCCUCUCAAUAACCCUAAACUGUUGAAAAAUAAGGCUAACGACUUAUAACACUAGUCAAGUAAUCAAGUUGUACUAUAUCUCUAUAUAACCUUAACGUAAACUUAUCACAAAAAUUCCCUUUCACUUAAUCCCAAACUGCAUGCCUGCAUAGGGUGUGCCGAUAGCAAAUGCAUGAGCACCCCAAACAAAUAAUACGCUAGUCCCGGAAUGCCUACUAACUAAACUCCUUAUUCCUCUCAACUCAACUUGAAAUGCCAUUAUUUUAUUUAUCCUCUAUUCUAAUCCCAUUCCAAUAGGCUUGGCAAUUUACUUCUUCUAUGGCCUACCCAAUAGCUUUAGAGACUUAAAGAGGCAGCGUGUUGGUUGGCAAAAACUAAGAUACAGUGAAU